GAGGAGGAGGAGGAGGUGGAGGACGAGAAGCAGGCAAAAGGUCCCACGAAAACGCGGAAAAUCGCCUUUUUGUAUAUUUAAAAAAAAGCGAUGAAAAUCUGAGUUCAAGUCAUCCCAUAAAUACAGAGAUAUACAGAAGGUUACCAUGUCGAGUCCCAGUUAAACAUGUUCAUUUUCCCCCCUUCUUUGCCUAUUUCGAUAGAUCGAAGUAUGAGACCGCCGAUUGCUGAAAUAUAAAAAUGACGAACCAGUCAAUUUACACGUUUUCGUCCCCCAACGAAUAGAUUUACACGUUUGCCCACGCCGCUUUCUCCUUCCUCCAUCAUUUCCACAAAUCCGUUCAUGUCAAACUUGUUGAAGAGAGGGAAAACCGCACAGUGAGGCAGAAAGGUGUACACACACAUCCCCCCCCCCCCCCCCCCCCCUCCUCCUCCUCCUCCUCCAGCAAAGACAGACAGAUAGAACCUCACACUGUACACAGACUCCACAGCUGUGUGAGGGGAAUAAGUGAUACACCAACACACCUCACGACAACGAAGAUGUGCAUAGCACUAACGACAUUGACACCCUCUCUCUCUCUCUCUCUCUU